CGAGGCGCACGGCGGCGCGAUCUUCCCGCACUCUCUAGGCGGCCCCUCUGUCUCUCCAUGGCGUCUCACCAGCAAACGCGCAUCCAGGCUUACCUGGAGAAGAACAAGAUUGGUCCCCUGUUUGAGGAAUUAAUGACCAAGUUAAUCACUGAGACACCUGACCAGCCCAUCCCAUUUCUCAUUGAUCAUCUUCAGUCCAAACAAGGAAAAAGGGGACAACUGCAAAGAACUCUGUCUGGAUCUGCAGCUCUCUGGGCAGAAAGUGAGCCAUCAGAACCUAAAGGAACAAGAAGGGAUUUCAGAUGCUAUGAUAAGCCUUGGCAGCUAAAUGCAAAGAAGCCUAAAAAAUCAAAAAGUGACCUUGCUGUGUCGAAUAUUUCACCACCGUCACCAGACUCCAAAUCAUUGCCAAGGUCAGUAGAGCAUCCUAAGUGGAACUGGUGGACUAACCCAGUAAGCCGCGAUUUUGAUGAAUUGAACCACAUCCUUCAAGAGAGCAAGAAGCUGGGGAAAGCCCUUGAGAAUCUCUCUAGAAGUAUUGCAAUUUCAGAUGAGCUUGAUAAGGAAGCAAUAGCUUUUAAUUCUUCUCUGCUGAGGCCCCGUGUGAUUGGUGAGUGGAUUGGCAGAGAAGACAAUGAUGCUGAUCCGCUUGCUGCUGAAAUGCUACAGCCCCCUAUUCCAAGGAGCAAAAAUGACCAAUGGGAGAGCGAAGACAGUGGCUCUAGCCCUGCAGGAAGCUUAAAGAUGGAGCCUAAGACUAAAGGGUUAAAGCAGCAGCAACAACAGCAUAAGAAACUUCUAGCAGCAAUGCUCUCUCAAGAUUCUUUUGAGUCCCUCCACAGCCCCACUCCAUCUAUAACAGAGGAAGAUAUUGAUAAUGAAGAUGAUGCAAUGGAAUUGCUGGAUGCCCCUUCCUUUGGAUCUGAGCACUCUCCAUGCUGACUUCUACGGUGGGUGCACUAGCCUAUGGUGCCACCAACCGUGCAAUUGUAUAACUUCUUCCUCACAUCCAUGCCAGUAGGUGGUAUUAAUAGAUUUCUGGAUGUAGACCAAUCUCACUGGAGUCAGGUAGAAUCUCAAAGUGAUUUUUACUUAUAUUUUCCCAAUAGUGAUCCUAAUCAAAAUCAAAACACUAUCCUUCUCAUAGCGGAAAAAUACAUGAUGCAAAACUUCAUCCUGAGGCUGGAGGAAUCACAAUUCCAAACAUCAAGACACACUACAGGACAGUGGUCAUUAAAAUAUUAUCAUAUUGAUACAGAGAAGAUCAAUGGAACAGAAUAGACACCAGAAGUAAGACCACACAUGUUUAGCCUACUAAUCCUUGACAAGAGAACUGAAAAAAAUCCAAGGAAAAGCCUGG